CUGCUCCAUAACAGGAACUCACUAUUUCAAAUAAAACCUUCAUCUCAUACAGCUAGCGGUGCGGUACAUAUACAAUUCGUAUUAACGUUAAAACGUAUUAUUUAUGCUUCUUUCUCCAAAAUAUCGCGUGUGCUGUGAUCAGACUAAUCUGGAUUUGACAAUUUUGUCAAUGUGCGAUAAUGUUUUCAAACAAAACGAGGUCGCAGAAAAACGUGAAACUGAAAAAGUUGGAGGAAGUGAUCUUGCCCAGUGCCAAGUUGAAGUUUUGCGUCGAUCAGUUGCAGAAUUUGAAUUUCAUGUUCCACAAGAGGCUGGAGCAGGAUAACGAGCUGGAUAAUACAACUGAAAAGUCAAUUUUACUUGCCAGAUCAGUGACAGAAAGAUUGGUUCAACGGCUUUUUUGCGCUGUAGGACAAAACGAUCCCAGAUUUUCGUCAAAGUUUUUAAUAGAAAACAAUUUUAUUGCUAGUCAAUACAAUCCUACACAUUUAGAGUAUCUGGUUCGAUUGGACGCUCUUUCAUACCCUCGCCUGUACUCUUCUGAAGACGAUCUGUCCUACGAAAUUUUGGAAAAUGAUCAAGAUUGUCCGUCUGGAUAUGCAAAAAUUAGACUUAACUCUGCUACACUUCAAACUUGGAAAGAGUUUACAAACUCAAGUGGCUAUCUUAGAAGAGAUCGAAUUCAAGCUAAGAUGGUGGAGAUAUUGGCACAAGCAGCAGCUCAGGAUAUACCAAAUUCGCCAUUAAAUGUGGAUGAGUCGAUAUUAUGUGGAAUACCUGGCAAAGUUAUAGAUCCGUACGCGUUGCAUCAUAUUUUGAAAAUACCAGCUAAUCAACAAGUGUUCUAUGGUCCAGGUGGAAAUGUUCCAAGAUUUCCAGAUACAAGAGACUUUCGCUUGGCUAUAGUUGACGAACCUAAUGGAAUCAAAAUCAAAAUUGAAUUCUUAUCACCCGCUCUCUCAAAUAUUUCCAUAAAAGUAAUGGUACUUAUAGCGAUUGGAACCGAUAUGUGGCCAUCCUCAACAGAUUUUCCAUCAAGAAUACCGCUUGGACAUCUGGACUGCCUAUUAUAUCACCAAGCAGCUCAAACGGGUAUGUACUUAGUUGGAUAUGGUGUUCAUUCCAUAGCAUGGCAAAUACGAGUACCAGCAGCGGAAUAUUUCCUUCUAAAUCAUUAUGGAAGUAAAAGUACAGUGAGAACUGUAUUGGAUAUUUUAUAUGCUAUUUUGAAAGAUAUUAACAAUUUAAGAAAGUAUCAAAAACCAAUAUCAUACAAAAUACUUAAUAAAUACAUGCUCUACACCUUGCUAAUAGAAGAACUAGAAGAAAGUUCUACUAAACCGUUCUCUGACAUGAUCUCUUGGUCUCCGAUGUAUUUAUCCACAAUAGUGUUAAAGCUUUUAGAUAAGGCAAUUGUAAGACUGUACUCUGAAUUUCAAUCAAACUACUUUUUUAAAAAUGCCAAUUUGUUAGUAAAUCCUGGCCAUCUUUGCGAUGACGACUUCACCAUUGAGGGGAACAAUGUGAAAAAUUAUAUGAUGCGUCUCUUUGACGAAUCCUUGAUCUCUAAUAAAGGUGAAGAAGAAUUUACAAAUCUUCUAAUAACACAAGAAACGGAAAUAAAAUUACUAUACAGAUGGAAAAGUUUAGUUGAUAGCCUCUUGCCUCCUUCUAGUACUAGAAGUAGAAGAUUGUUCUUUGCUCGUUCUAGAAACCGAAAAGAAAUUGUACAUACACAAUACACUGCUAGACAAUUAGAAUACAUUGGUUUAGUGCUACAGAAUAUGCUUAAUGUAAAACAACACAUUUUAAGGCCAUAUAACAACGUAUUUUCCGAAUCAGUAAUGUCCGAUGAAGAAGAAGAAUCAAGUCCUUUAGAAGACAUAAUUUUUAUUCUCGUAGCUAUAUUAGAUCAGGCCAGAGAUCAGUACUUAAUCAAUCAAGCCAAUCCGGAUAUAUCUAAAAAUCAAUUGAAAAUUAAAAGUUCAUACAACACUUACGUGACCAAACUAAUUGAAAUAAUUAGAAACGAUAAAGAACUUACCACGAUUAAUCAUUCUGAGUUAGAAGAUGACCUCAAUUUAGUGAAAAUUAUAUUGAAAUGGUUAUACAGGGGUAUGGAUCAUAACAAGAAAUAUUUGGCUCCUAUUUUAAGACCCUAUUUGAGAACAGUAUUUCUAACCAGCCACCACAUAUCUUACCAUUUAGAGCUCAUAAAAGAGAGAGUCAAGAACGAUGAAAUUGAGUCGUUAGGAUUGUUUUCAAAACUUGUAAAUUCAGGGUCUAUCAGUCCUGCCCAAGGUUUGGUGGAUUCAGUGAAUAAAAAUUGGUCGUGGGCGAAGGAAAUGCUCGAUAUGGUGGAAAAGAAUACACUUAGAUUAAUUUUUAUUGAAGAUAAAGGAAAAAUUUGCAGACAUGUUCUAUCAUUGCCCUCCGAUAGUAGAGAGAAAUUCAAGGAACUUAGUGGAAGCAGAACAUGGAGUGACAAAGAGAAGAAAAAUAGAAGUAUUAAAAGAAGAACUACCUUGCCUUCUAGGAAUUACUUCAGUUCACUUGUCAGUGAAAAAUUUAAAGAAGGAUCUUCAGAUGUUCCUCAGCAUGAUAUUUUGAAAACAAGCAGUCCUUUAACUGUCAUUCUAGGAAAGCAUCAUCGCAAAGGACAACAUAGAGGUCAAGGAGAUAUUUUUAAGAGCAUGGAAUCAAUGCAAAAAUUAAACGUUUUUAAAGAGGCAACCCUGUCUUUGCCAAAAGAAGACCAAACCGAGAUACUAGAUAUUAUUCAGAAUGUUCACAUGGAGAAAGCGAAGAGAUCUUUAAAUAAAAAAUGGUCGUCUACACUGCCUCAUAGCAGCAAAAUUUUUCCCCAAAACACACAGCCCGUACAAAGAUAUACACCAAAGGAAGAAAGUGCAGGUUUACAAAUUUCUCCCAAAGAGAGACGCAAGAACAAAAAGCUAUUGAGAGGUGAGAGUUUACUAGGCACCAGCAGAGCAGUUCGAUUGAGAGAAGAUAAUGGUAUAUUCUUGCUGCAGGAGAGCUUCAGAAUUAAAUGCUUAGUACAUAAAGCAGAUUCCUUUAGAUUAUAGUACACGCUUCUAAAAUGUUUACUUAAAAUCAGUACUAUAUGAUCACUAGAUUUGAAACUAAUGUUGUUAUAGUAUGUUAGGUUUUAUAUUAAGUAGGUAGAUGUAAAAAUAAAUUAGUUUUAUAAAUUA